AUGCCUCCAUCUAACCCUCCCCGCGCAGACACCAACUCAGACUCAGGCGCAGAAACAACCUCAAGCUCCGACUACGACUACGCCGCCCCCAGCACCGGCUACGGCUUCGCCUACGACUCGGAGAUCGAAGCGCGGCACGCGGCCCGGCGUGCAGAACGCGAGAAUACCGUCGGUAGCACUGUGUAUCUGAGCGAGCGGGAAGGCGAGGCAUCGGGGGAUACUUGUAGUGGGUUUUCGUCGUCGAAUAGUGGAGAAGACGAUUCUAACGAUGCUGACGGGGGUAGUAACGCUGGAGAUGAAGUACAGGAGCAGCAGGUAGGUGAGCAGUGGGAUGAGCAAUACGAUCCAGAUCUAGAAGAAGGAGCGAUCUUGAGUCCUCCGCCGGCGGAUCGGAGUAGGAAUCGGGAUGGGGCGUUUGAGGGGAGGGGGUAUGCUGGGGAGAGGAGUGAGGGCGAGGAUGUGUCUGCUGAUGCUAGUGCUCAGGAAGAUGGGGUUGGAGAGCAAGCGCCGCAGAUGCGACGUAGAUUCUAUGGGCGCCAGCGCGCUGGGAUUGCGUAUCGGGGGGGUUCUGGGGAUGCGGAUGCGGGGGCGGGUGCUCAGGAGGAUACGGAUGAGGAUAUGGAGGAGGGGGAAGAUGCGAUUGGGGGGCACCACCAUCACGUGCCGCAUAUACACCGUAGAAUCUACGGGCAGCCGCGCGGGGGGGAUACAUACGGUAGGGACUACUCGGACGACGAUGCGAGUGCGGGGGCUGAGGAUCAUGCAGACGACGAGAUGAGCCCGGAACCCGAUGCUCGUCGUGAUAACGCCCAGCGAAUCAUUCCUGAGGCGUUCCUGUAUCGCGAACCAGUGGUUAGUAUGAUGGUUGCGAAUCUCUUCAUGCAGCAGUGUACGCAACCCUUGUCCGCAGUUGUUAGUGGUUCUGAGCCGCCGAACACAGAGUGUCCGAUCUGUCUGGAGCCACCGUCAGAGACGCAUGAGUGCGUUCAGAUUCGGGGUGUACCGGGGUGCACACAUCUUAUUGGGCGGGUGUGCCUGAGGCAGUGGUUUGUCAAUCGGCCAGAUGGCGAAAAGAAUUGUCCGCUCUGUCGUACGCAGUGGUUGUCGCAGCAGGGGAUUUGGGAAAUUGAAGACGAGCUGAUCGCAGAGCUGGUGCCGGGGCCAUGGCGGGAAUAG